AUGGCAAUUGACUGGAAGCUGUACGAACGAGAAGUCAACCGCUGGUACCUUGACGAGGGCAAAACCGCCAACGAGGUCAUUCAACUUCUCCUUGGGAAGUACAACUUGGCAGUCACACCCAGACAGUUCAAGGCAAAGUUCGGUGGUUGCAAGAAGAUCAGUUCCAAAGAAUGGAGCAUCCUCAUACCCAAGAUCCGAGAACGAGAGGCCAAUGGGCUCAAGUCUGUCAUCUAUGUCUGCGGCAAGGCCGUCAAACAGGAGAGUGUGGCGAGGUCCAUCCGCCGAUACUCCAAGUUCUGCAAGGACGGUAGCCAGUCAGACAUGGCGAUAGACCUGGGCAUUGGUACUAUCGGUCAACAUCGAAUCGAAAUCCGAGCUUCAUCAGAGCCCGGGACCCAGUUACCCCGGGACCUCAGUACCGAUGAAAUUCAACCCAUAAGAGAAGGAGAGAACUCCUCGAGCUCCCAGAGCGAUGAGCCGGACGUCGACGAAGAGUUUGGUCUGGCCGAGAUGGACAGCGAACCAGGUGUCCUAGCAUCUGCUGAAACCGCCAUCUACCCUUCUCCCUCCAUGUUUCUUCGCAGUUUGGAUCAGUUUCCUCCUGACCUGCUAGAGUCCCUAUCUUUCAGCGGCACCCACGAGAUGCAAAUGGAAAGCGAUGAAACGGCGCUAUCCAGCUCCCAGUGGUUGCCCCUAUCUUCCAUUGACCUGACCACAUUGUUUCCCAUUCAACACACCUUUGCGUCCUUCUGGGACUCCCCAGAUAUAUCUGGUCUCACCUUGAAGGGUUGUGAGGCGGCCGUGGACAUCGCCAAGCGGAUUGGCAUCUUUGUCCCUGAUCACAGUCGGCAUCAAUUCCUACCGAGUCUCAACAUCAGCCCAGCGCAAACAGAAGUUUUCAACCCAAUCAUACAGUCGAUUGAGGACCUACUGGAACCCCCGAAAUCGAAGAUCCCGGGGAUGCCACGAACCAGGCUGGCGGAUCGAGCCCAACUCAACUUCUCUCCUAACCUUCUCGACAUCGUCCAAGGCCAUUCUCUUGCUCAAGCGCUGUCGGUCAUCGUAACUCCAGCUUCGCGCUCGCAAGAGACAUCGCUACACCGAAAAGGGAAGAUUCACCUGAGCCUACCUCACACUCUUCCUACGCCUUCUCUCGUCCAGCCAUCAAGGAACCCAUCCUCAAGCAUGUCGGCCUCGAAGGAAUCGACUGGAACACUUGGCAACCUAGCCAACAUCCCGAAGCUAGAAUCGACAGCCGGAUGGAUCAACUGGAGCCGAGAAAUGAAGGACCAUCUCACAAUGUCGGGAUACGGAGACUUGUUCAAACGAAACAAGGACAAACCCACCGGCACCAGCGCCGCGACCGUCGAAAAGAUCGACAACUGGCUCUCCAAGCAGGAACGCGCGUGCGGAGCCGUCCUCAAUCGACUUGGAUACAACGCCAGGGAGCAGGUAAAGGACAAGGAGACCGUCACGGAGAUGUUCGAUGAGCUUGAGAAGCGCUUCAAACCAAAAGGAAGUGCGGUCUUCCAAGAGCUCGACCGACGAUACAACUGCCUCACCCUAGACCAAUGCUCGGGAGUCAUGAACUUUGCAGAACGGCUGCGAGAAGCUCAAUCUGAACUCUUGCAACUAGACGAGACAUGCAAAAUCGGCACGCCUCAAUUCAUCAAUAAGUUCCUAACCGGACUUGGCCCCGAAUACGAAAUGUUCCUCACUGCCUUCUACCAAAACCACAACUUGCUACCCGAGCGAGGCUCCAACGGAGAAAUAACCAAACCUGCCGUAACAUUCGAAAUCGCUCUUGCCGCCGCAGAGCAAGAGGAAAUGAACAUUCAACAACGAGAAAAGGCCAAGACGCAAACGGCUCUGCUGGCUAGAAUGCGUGGCCCUGGAAAAGAACGAGUAGCUCAGACGUGCGGCCACUGCAACAAACCAGGUCAUACCAAGGCCGGAUGUUUUGGCCUACACCCCGACCUUCUUGAGGAGUUCAGAAGAAAACGAGCACUUCGGAGUGGACGACGAGAAGCCAAGCUUGAGAAGAGAAAGGAGAACACCUCGUCACUGGAACUCGACGAGGAUCACACUGCCGCCGUCGCCUUCUUAAACGCGGCCCUUCUAUCCUUUCAACCCCAGUUUGGCCUGGCUGCAUCAGAGCCGUCCGGGCUGCUCGAGCGAAUUCACGUAUUGGACAGUGGCGCCUCCUCCCACACGUUCUGCCGUCGACAGAACUUUACAUCACUCGAGAAAUUCACCGGCUCUGCCAUCAACGGCAUAGCUGGCUCGGCCAUUAUGCCCGCGGGGCAAGGCACAUACACCCUCAGAACCAUACGGAACAAUGCCAAAGGAACAACGAUCUUUCAUAAGGCACUUUACGUCCCAGACGCUCACUGCAACCUUGUCUCGGUCUCAGCCCUCGAGGAAGAUGGAGCAACUAUUUUAUUUCGAAAAGGACGAGCCGUCAUUACAAGCCACGGUAAAGUCAUCCUCAGCGCCACUAGGAAAUUUGGUCUGUACGUGAUCGACGAGGACGACCAACAACUGCACACUGCCAUGGCCGCAUACUCUGUCAGCGACCCCAAACUGCAGAUCUGGCAUGACCGACUCGGCCAUUUGGGAGAACAGAACGUGCAUUUACUCAUGAAGAUGUCCACGGGCAUCACUCCUCUAUCUGACUCCAACGUCUGUGAAGCGUGCGUAAAAGGGCGCAUGAAGGAAAGGCCUCACCGCGGAUGCAUUCGAAAAGGAACAAGACCACUGGAGAGCCUGCAUGGCGAUAUCGCUGGCCCCUUCCCAGACGAAGGCAUCGACGGCCAUAGAUACUGGGCCUGCUUCAUAGACGAUUUCACCAAAAUGACCUGGGUCUUCCCAAUCAGGCAAAAGUCCGAAUUUGGCAACUGCCUUCGACAACUUCUGGAACAAGCCGAGACACCAACCCGUCGCUGCCGUUACCUUCGCCUCGAUCGAGGGGGAGAAAACCAAGCUGAUGCAAUCACUCUCUACUGCGAAAACAAGAUGAUUGAGAUGAUCUUUUCUGCUACCGAGCAGCACGAACAAAACGGAGUGGCCGAAGUAGCAAACCGUGUCCUACUCGAGAAGCUCACAGCGACUCUCAUCCAUUCAGGACUGGAAAAGAAAUUCUGGCCAUACGUCCUCAAAGCCAUGGCAUACGUACGAAACCUCUCACCAGCCUCGGGUCGUCAAAUCACACCUUAUGAAGCAUGGCACAAGGAAGUGCCGGAUCUCUCCCAUCUCCGAGUUAUCGGCAGCCGAGGCUUUGCAAAGAUGCCUUCAGCCAAACGGAAGAAGAUGGACGACAAGACAGUCCCCUGCCGACUCCUCGGCUAUCAAGGGAGCACAAACUACGUCUUAGUCGACGACGAUGGAAGAAUAUUCUUUGCGAAUAACGUCGUGUUCGAUGAGAAAUCCCUGCUGAGAAAACGAAUUGCAUCCGAGCAACCAACUGACGAACCCAACGCAAAACGGAUGGAUCUCACACCAUCUCUUCCAACUAUACCCCUAACCGAAAACAUCAGAACAGACGAAGAGAUACAGUCAGCCCCCAGCCAAUCCUAUCAACUGAAUCAAGACGAGCCAAGCUUCCAUGUGGAACUGGGGACUCCAGAAAGAACACAAAGCCCCGACAGUGCAGUCGACGAACACCAAGUCGUUGCGGAAGCAGCCGACGGUCAUCCCCAACAACGUUUUCCAGUACGGGAAACCCGAGGACAAAUUCCAUCAAGAUACACAGUCCUAGCUCAACAAGACCCAUCAGCCCAACAAAACCAGUGGCGCUUCACCAUGAUCGCCAUUCACCUGGCUAUGAUCGCCAACAACCUUGAACCGACCGAACCCAAAACCUUUGCCGAAGCAAUGAACUCGCCUCAUAGCGAACAAUGGAUGCAAGCCAUGAUUGACGAAAUCGACUCCUUGAUGAGAAACGGCACCUUCAUACCAGUCAGCCUGCCUCCAGGAAAACAUACCCUCCAAGGCAAAUGGGUGUAUAAGCUCAAACGGGGAAAGGAUGGCGAGAUUACCAGAUUCAAAGCUCGCUUCGUCGUCAGAGGCUUCGAACAAAAAGAGGGAAUCGACUACCACGAAACGUUUGCCUCCGUGGUCAAGCCGAUGAGCUAUAAAAUGAUCUUCGCCAUCGCUGCGGCCCUAGACCUUGAACUGGAACAGAUGGAUGUCAAAACUGCCUUCCUUUAUGGCGGCGUCAAAGAAGAAAUCUACGUGACUCAGCCACAGGGUUUCGACGACAAGUCAGGCAGAGUCUUCCGACUGCGGAAAGCUCUCUACGGCCUCAAACAAUCUCCCCGAAUCUGGUACCAGACUUUAUCUGAUUUCCUGGAAACCCUCGGCUUCAAACCACUCAACGCCGACGUUGGCGUCUUCAUCCGUGGCACAACCUACAUCGCCGUCUACGUGGAUGAUCUCCUAAUCGCUGGUCCCGAUAAGGAAGAAAUCCGCCAAAUCAAAGCCGCCUUGAGCGAGAAAUUCGAAAUGACUGACCUUGGCCCGUGUCAGUACUAUCUGGGAAUGUCCGUCCGGAGAGACAGACGCAACAAGGCCAUCUUCCUCUCCCAACGAGCAUAUGUCGAGAAGGUCCUACGGGAAUUUGACAUGUGGGAGAGCAAGCCAGUCACAACUCCCCUGAGCACGUCAAAAUUCCAACCUGUCCCAGACGAAUACAGAGCUCCUAAAACGACGAAACUAUGGUACGCAAAAGCAAUUGGGUCACUUAUGUACGCCAUGCUUGGCACUCGCCCAGACAUCGCAUUUGCCGUCUCCCUCUGCAGCCGAUAUCUGGGAAACCCAACCAACGAACACGUCCAAGCCGUCAAGCGCAUCAUGAGGUACUUGCGAGGGACGAUCGACUUGGAACUCACCUUCAGCGGACCACUCAGACCGUUAGUUGGGUACAGCGACUCAGACUGGGCUGGCGAUCACGACACCAGACGAUCAACGGCUGGCUACGUCUUCAACGUCGGCACAGGCGCCAUCAGUUGGAACUCCAAACGACAACCAACGGUCGCACUAUCAUCCUGCGAAGCGGAGUACAUGGGACAAACACAAUGCACCAAAGAGGCGAUCUGGCUACGAGGGUUGCUGCGCGAACUUCUGGCCCAAUACAAACAUGGAGACCUUCAAACAACUAUUCUCUACGGGGACAAUCAAGGGGCAAUUGCAAUGGCCAAAAAUCCACAGUUCCACGCCAGGACUAAGCACAUUGAUCUUCAAUGGCAUUACGUUCGAGAACGAGUCUCGGAUGGAGACGUUGAACUCCAAUAUGUCCCAACCGAGCAACAAAUCGCAGACGGACUUACGAAAGCUCUCCCAAAAGACCGGUUUAUCGUGUUUCGCAACGCGCUGGGCCUCUCCAACCCAUGA